UGCCAACAAUAUGCCUAAACAAGUAGAAGUGCGGAUGCAUGAAAGUAAUUUAAAUCCAGUGGAGUACAGAUCCAGGAACAUAUGUGUGCAAUUCUGCCAGUCGCUCCACAGGAAUCUGCUCCUGACACUUACUGUAUUCGGUGUCAUCCUGGGUGCUCUAUGUGGAGGCUUUCUUCGUCUAGCAACACCUAUUGACCCUGACAUCAUAAUGUUGAUAGCCUUCCCAGGAGAUAUACUUAUGAGGAUGCUAAAAAUGCUGAUCCUCCCUUUAAUUAUCUCCAGUUUAAUCACAGGACUAUCUGGUUUAGAUGCUAAAGCAAGUGGCCGAUUGGGUACAAGAGCCAUGGUUUACUACAUGUCCACCACUAUAAUUGCUGCUGUGCUGGGCGUGAUUUUGGUUUUAGCCAUCCAUCCAGGGAAUCCAAAACUCAAGAGACAGCUUGGUCAAGGGAAGAAGAAUGAUGAAGUAUCUAGUCUGGAUGCUUUCUUGGAUCUGAUCCGAAACCUGUUCCCUGAAAAUCUGGUCCAAGCGUGCUUUCAGCAGAUCCAAACUGUCACCAAGAAGGUGCUGGUGCCACCACCCAUGGAAGAACCACCUAAUGUCACUGACUCUGCUUUUGCUAUGAUGAAUGAGACAGUGCGUGAAGUACCAUCAGAAUCCCAGCUGGUCAUUAAGAAGGGACUUGAAUUUAAGGAUGGCAUGAAUGUCCUGGGUUUGAUAGGAUUCUUUAUUGCUUUUGGCAUUGCUAUGGGGAAAAUGGGAGAACAGGCCAAGAUGAUGGUGGAUUUCUUCAACAUCCUGAAUGAGAUUGUAAUGAAGUUAGUAACUAUGAUCAUGUGGUAUUCCCCGUUGGGCAUUGCUUGCCUCAUCUGUGGAAAAAUCAUUGCAAUCAAGGACUUAGAAGUAGUUGCUAGACAACUUGGCAUGUACAUGGUCACUGUGAUUGUAGGUCUUCUUAUCCAUGGAGGGAUCUUCCUACCUCUGCUCUACUUUGUAAUAACAAGGAAAAGCCCAUUUUCAUUCCUUGCUGGGAUUUUCCAGGCAUGGAUCACAGCACUAGGCACAGCUUCCAGUGCUGGAACAUUACCUGUCACAUUCCGAUGUCUUGAAGAAAAUCUAGGCAUUGAUAAGCGUGUAACAAGAUUUGUUCUUCCUGUUGGAGCAACUAUUAACAUGGAUGGAACUGCUCUUUAUGAAGCUGUGGCUGCCAUCUUCAUAGCACAGAUGAAUGGAAUUGAGCUGGAUGGGGGCCAGAUAGUUACUGUGAGUCUGACUGCCACCCUUGCAAGUGUUGGAGCUGCCAGUAUUCCCAGCGCUGGACUUGUCACUAUGCUUCUGAUCCUUACCGCAGUGGGUCUCCCUACCCAGGACAUCAGUUUGCUUGUCGCUGUUGACUGGCUUUUGGACCGGAUGAGAACGUCAGUCAAUGUAGUGGGGGAUUCUUUUGGUGCUGGCAUUGUCUACCACCUUUCCAAGGCAGAACUUGACACCAUUGAUUCCCAUCAUAAAGGGCAUGAAGACAUUGAAAUGACCAAAACUCAGUCAAUCUAUGAUGACAUGAAGAAUCAUAGGGAAAACAACUCAAACCAAUGUGUUUUUGCAGCUCACAACUCAGUCAUAGUAGAUGAGUGCAAGGUACCUUUCACAUUUAUGGAUAUCGAGACAUGUAUAUAGCACUGCAUGCUUUAUUUUGUCUUAUUUUUUAACCUGCAUGUAUUUUUCAAAUCACUCUACAAAUAACAAUGUGACAAGGUCUGUGAACCCCAGACAUUUUGAAUGAGUUUGAGCAGUUCAAAAGAUGGUUUUUUGCACUCUUCUUAAAAGUUGUAAUUUGAGGGGAAAAAAUCAUGUACAUUGUUUACAUAUCAAAA